AUGGCGGACCCCAUUGCUGUGGCCCCUAGACAGAUCAUCGACACAGAUGACCUUGUUAUUAUUGAUGCAAGAAGUAACAUGGGCAUUGCACAGUUACUCGAAGGUCAUCUCUGCGAAGCUGAACAUAUCCAUCGACACGUGUACAGCAAAUGCCGCAAAGUGCUUGGAAGAAGCCAUCCUGAGACGAUUAAGAGCAAAGCCAAUAUCGGCAUGACGCCUAACGAGCUCGAAAACCACACGCGUGUUGAAGCGCUGUGGAGAGACGCACUCCUACUGUUCCAGCGGUUCCUCAGUCACACCCAUUCGGACACGCUAAAGACGUAUACGAACCUCGCCACCAAUCUUCACGACCAGGGGAAAUUUAAAGAGGCCGAAGAGGCAAUUACCGUUGUUGCACCAAUUAUACAGUCCAAUCACGCUCAAACGAACAUGGAAUUUACCGAGCUCCUUGAACUCCGCGCAGUAUUGUUACAUUGUCUUGAGUUGUACACCAUCGCAAUUGGUGUUACUGGGCAGGUGUACGAGCAACGUCUAGUUCCCUUGGGGUACGAGCAUCAUCACACGCAGAGGGAACUUUCUCACGUUCGUGACCUGGCCGAGAAUUGUGAGCAAGGACAAAGUGUUGAGGCUUUUGGAUCGUGUGUUCCGUUUUUUAUUUUCAAUAUCCAAUCUCCUUCCUCAGCAGUCCGAUUAUACAUCCAUCGCUUAUGA